CCUACUCACCAUCACCUCGAGGCUUGGGAUACAUACCUCCAUGGCACGGGCCACUGCUUGUUGGCUUGUUGGCUUGAUAGUGGCAACCAACCCGUUUUGAAGUUGUUGGUAUGGAAGUCGAGGUACCUGCUCGUCUACUGCGCCCAUGGAGGCAGGUGUCAGGUGAAGAUAAACCGGUCUGAUAACAUACUUUGUAAUCCAUGUGGAAAAAGUGUGUGCCUAGACUACGGAGACCUUGGGUGAUGUUCGAGAUGGCUUGGUGGGCAAUGUCACGGAUGGAUGGGGAUGGUUGCACUGUAGGUACAGGUUCUCCCUCCCCUACCAGCCCCUACCUAAUCGUGGUAGUCUCAGUACAUGCCUAUGUAGGUAGUAUGGAAACCGGAGGCUUAGGUAGCUACCUACACCACAAUCCAUCAUGGGUUCCUGAAGGUGGGCGGGCAAUAAUAACUUGUAAGUACUGGGCGAGCAAGAGAGGACAAUGUUCCCAUGCCUACAACAGCAGAAAUGUAGUAGACAGGCUCGACAGAGAUAGGUACCAACUGCACUGAUCUACCCCACUGCCGCAGGUAGGCCACCCUUCGGCCACCUUUGACAUCUAACGAAUCAGCUGACCUGGCGCCGCCCAUGGUGUCAGAGGGUCAUCCACUGAAAGAGGCAAGGAGGGGUGGAUCCUUAUACCUACUGUACUA